GUCGCUCUUCGUCUGCCUUCUCUAUAAUAAUCUCUUCAUCUCUCUCUUUUAAGGUUGAAAUCUUAUUACUGGUUUUUGAGAAUUCUAACGAGAGAGAAAAAUUAGCCAUGGCUCUUAGAACAGUUAUGAGUAGAAAAUCCUUAGGAUUAGCAAAAUUAGGGUUUAGUAAUGCUAGAGGGUUACAGACUUUUUCUCUACCAGAUCUUGAUUAUGACUAUGGUGCCCUUGAACCUGCAAUUAGUGGAGAAAUUAUGCAGAUUCAUCACCAAAAGCAUCAUCAGGCUUAUAUCACAAACUACAACAAAGCUCUUGAACAACUCACUGAAGCUACAGCUAAAGGAGAUACAUCUACUGUUGUUAAAUUGCAGAGUGCCAUUAAGUUCAACGGCGGAGGUCAUGUGAACCAUUCAAUUUUCUGGAAGAAUCUUACUCCUGUUGGUCAAGGAGGUGGUGAGCUUCCUAGAGGUUCCCUUGCCUCGGCAAUCGAUACACAUUUUGGAUCUUUUGAAAAGUUGGUGCAAAAGGCUAAUGCAGAAGGUGCUGCUUUGCAAGGCUCUGGAUGGGUGUGGUUAGGUCUGGAUAAAGAACUGAAGAAGCUUGUUGUUGAAACCACAGCAAACCAGGAUCCUCUGGUAACCAAAGGUGCAAAUUUGGUUCCUUUGCUGGGCAUCGAUGUUUGGGAGCAUGCAUAUUACUUGCAGUACAAGAAUGUGAGACCAGACUAUCUGAAGAAUAUAUGGAAGGUUAUUAACUGGAAAUAUGCCAGUGAAGUUUAUGAAAAAGCACUCCCAUGAUCUGAGAAUAUAUGGAAGGUUACCAAACUGGAAAUUUGCUGGUGAAGUGUAUCAGAACUAGUCUCUGUUUUCUGUUAAUUAACUUUCAUGUAGUUAUGUGGGUCGGAUGGCCUUGAAUUCUAUUGAAAGGAUAAAUAAGUUGUGAUGUAGAGUUUUACAUGUACUUGGUGUAAUUUGUUUGUUGAUUCACUUGAAAUUAUCCUUUUAGGUUCUGGUUUCCCUUUAACCUGUUUAAUACGAAGUUCUUUGAUAAAA